UCACUAUAUAAUACAUUCAUUUCACUCAUUCUUCCAGAAAAUAGUUUUAAAUAAAAACAAAAAGAAAAUAGAAUUUUUGCAACGUCAUGAUGAACGCGAUACUCCAGCACGAGCACCGUUGCCUUGGCAACAGCCUACCUACACUAGCCUCAGAAAGAAAAAAAAGAAGCGAGAAUUGCUGAGUCAUAAGAUGACGCAGCGCAGCCUACAGAAGUCACGUGGACUCUAUCAACGUCGCGUCUCGCGCGGGGGGAAAACUGUCCUCAAACUGCACACGGUUUCUCAGUGUGCGGGAGGGAGGUAGUGUGCUCAGUGCUUUAGCGUGAAACAGUGCGUGAAUCACCCUUCGCUGCUUUUAUCCCAGAUUUUUUUUUUUCAUCGCUUAUAUACCGGGAGCUCGCGCGAGGACGCUGGCGCGGAGGACGCGACGUUUCUAAAAAAAAUAUAUAUAUAUAAUAAUAAAUAAAACAACCGUUAAGGCCUGUCUCUUUUUGCUAGCAAGCUAGUAGCUACAACUCGCAGUCGCUUCAGCACCAGAGAAAGUAGCUCGUGUUGUGAGUCUCCUGUCCGUGUCGGAAAGUUUCUUAGCCGUUCGUGCUAAUGGGCUUGCUGUCUCAAGGCUCCCCGCUUAACUGGACAGAAACCAAGAAAUAUGCCGACCAUGUCAGAAAACACGGCAUCCUGCAGUUUCUCAACAUCUACAACAAGGUGAAGGACAGGCAGAAGGAUGUGCUAAAAUGGGGCGAUGAGGUGGAGUACAUGUUGGUGGACCUGGAUGCGAAAAAUGAAAAAGCUUGUCUGGUUCUGAAUGGAAACGAAGUGUUGGAUACGCUGCAAGAAAAGGGGGAAAAGGUCAACCCCAACCAUCCAACCCUGUGGAGGCCAGAGUAUGGCAGCUACAUGAUUGAGGGCACUCCAGGACAGCCUUACGGCGGGACAAUGUCCGAGUUCAACACCGUAGAAGACAACAUGGGCAAACGGAGGAGGGAGGCCUCUUCCGUGCUCAAUAAGGACGAGACUCUCUGCACUAUCACGUCAUUCCCCAGGUUAGGUUGUCCGGGUUUCACAAAGCCAGAGUACAGGCCGACACCUGUUGAAAAAGGAGCGAGCAAGUCCCUCUUCUUCCCCGAUGAGGCCAUCAACAGACAUCCCCGGUUCAGCACUUUGACCAGGAACAUUCGUCACAGACGAGGGGAGAAGGUGGCGAUCAACGUACCGAUCUUUAAAGAUCAAAACACACCAACUCCAUUUGUGGAGAAGUUUCCCGAGGACGACGGGGAGGCGGCGAGUGCAGCUCUCCCUGAUCACAUCUACAUGGACGCCAUGGGCUUCGGAAUGGGAAACUGCUGUCUGCAGGUCACAUUUCAAGCUUGCAGCAUCAGUGAGGCUCGAUACCUCUAUGACCAGCUGGCCACAUUCUGCCCCAUAGUGAUGGCCCUCAGUGCUGCUUCUCCCUUCUAUCGUGGCUACAUGUCGGAUAUCGACUGUCGCUGGGGUGUUAUCUCAGCCUCUGUGGAUGAUCGGACUCGGGAAGAACGAGGGCUGGAGCCUUUGAAAAACAACAAGUUCAGGAUCCACAAGUCAAGAUAUGAUUCCAUUGAUAGCUACCUUUCUUUUUGUGGGGAAAAAUACAAUGAUAUAGAAUUGACGAAAGAUGACGACAUCUACAACCAGCUCUUGGAUGCAGGCAUUGACAAAUUACUGGCCCAGCACAUUGCCCACCUCUUUAUUCGUGACCCACUGUCGCUCUUUGAGGAGAAGAUUAACUUGGAUGAUGAGAACGAAUCAGACCACUUUGAGAAUCUUCAGUCAACUAACUGGCAGACCAUGAGGUUCAAACCACCUCCUCCCAAUUCUGAAAUAGGAUGGAGAGUUGAGUUUCGGCCCAUGGAGGUUCAGUUAACCGACUUUGAGAAUGCUGCAUAUGUUGUGUUCAUUGUUCUUCUUACACGAGUGAUCCUGUCCUACAAGUUAGACUUCCUGAUUCCCUUGUCAAAGGUUGAUGACAACAUGAAAGCUGCCCAGAAACGAAAUGCAGUGCAAGAAGGCCUUUUUUAUUUCAGGAAGGACAUCUUUAAAGGCUGCAACCCGUUCUUUGACUCCGCCCAGAAUGGCGUUGAGACUAAUGAGGAUCAUGAGGAGUACACUCUGAUGAGCAUUGACACAAUCAUUAACGGCAAGGAGGGAGUGUUCCAGGGACUUGUACCAAUUCUGAACUGCUACCUGGAGAACAUGGAAGUCGAUGUAGACACGCGCUGCACCAUCUUGAACUACCUGAAACUCAUUAAGAAGCGAGCAUCGGGAGAACUGAUGACCAUGGCGAAAUGGAUGAGGGAAUUUGUUGCUACGCAUCCACAGUACAAGAAAGACAGCGUGAUAACUGACAAAAUAAACUACGACCUGCUUUGCAAAUGCGACCGAAUUGCCAAGGGGGAAGAGCAGUGCCCUGAACUGAUUGGUGACCCAGUGAGAAGAGGAAACUGAGUCAGAAGGAGAACACCGUGGCAUAUGUCUCUCUCUCUUUUUUUUUUUUUUUUUUUUUCUUUUCUUUUUUUUUUUUUUGCAUGAAAACUGAUGACCAAAAUGUUUCACAAAAAAAAAAAAGAGAGAAUGUUCCAGACAAAUUCAAGUUUUGGAGUAUGGAUUACAGGGCUCUCCUGUACUUUUUUUUUUUUUUUUUUUUGUAUAUAUGAGAUUUUUAUGCUUCUCAGAAUCAGAAUUAUUUUAAUAACUUUAAGAUCAAUGUUACUGGGAUCAGGUGUGUAUAUUCUUCUUGUUUCGGACUAAAGAUCCUGCUCUGAGGUUGUGUGUAUGUAAAUGGAGCAUUUGUACAUUAUUAAGUUUACUUUCCACUGUCAAAGCAUACUGUAAAUAUUGUUCUUUUAAUCAGUUAAUAGGUUUACAUGUCAGAAUGAUGACUUAUUAUCUUCAGCUACCAUGACUGGAGUAAGCACGUUUUACUUUGUGUUGAGAUUUUCUCCAUAUGCAGUUUUUUUUUUUAUUUUUUUUUUUAUACAAAAUUAUUCUGGAUAAAAGUUGUGGCACUUAUGCUUGUCCAUGCAAAACACCACAUGUGGCUUAGUAAUGAUGUUAAAAGUGUGUUUGGUGUUUAAGUUUAAGAAACCAUUGUCAGCUGAUCUUUAAGACAAAAAGUGUUAUGCUAAAUUGACUCUUGAGAUAAUUUACAAUUAACUAGCAUUAAAUUAGAUUUACGUUAAACCAUUAGUACUUUUCAAGCAGUGGUUAUAUUUUGGAGUCAUCCACUAGAGGAUGCACUUGACUCAAACACUGUAAAAUGGAUUUUUAAAACCUGUUUGUUCAAAGACCAAAAUGAGAUAAAGACUAUGCCUCAUUUGAGUACAUGGCUUCAAAUAAAGUGAUUCCUAUAGGCUACA